UUAUCUCUCCACUGCAGGUCGACAAGUGGCCCUGGAAGCUCUAGUAAUGCCUCUGGCAGUAAUCGUCGCCUUCAGCAAACCCAACACCAAGUAGAUGAGGUGGUUGACAUCAUGAGGGUUAAUGUGGACAAGGUGUUGGAACGAGAUCAGAAGCUGUCAGAAUUGGAUGACCGUGCUGAUGCACUGCAGGCAGGAGCUUCCCAGUUUGAGACAAGUGCUGCCAAGCUGAAAAGAAAAUAUUGGUGGAAGAACUGUAAGAUGUGGGCAAUAUUGAUAGCAGUUGUUCUCAUCAUUAUCAUCAUCAUCAUUGUCUGGAGUGUGUCCUCAUGAAUUAGAAGAAUGCAAACCAGCAGAAUGAAAACCAGCGGAAGCCAUCUUUCUCUCCUUCAAACCUGCUGUUAUCAAGCUCACCUACUGAUGUAUAAAGCAAAAUUAUUUUGAUUAGUCAUGUGGUUAACUUUCUCUGGUUAUCAGAAAUGUGCCUUUGUUUAAAAGUUACGCUCCUACUUUUAAAAUGCUAACAAGCACAGCCUCCAACUUGCACAGUGCCUUGGUAAUCUUGAGUAUGAGCUGGUGAAGAGGGUUUCAGAAUUUAGAGGCAAUACAUUGUUACCAGUGACUACUGGGUUCUAGAUGAAUUUGAAGAGUGUUUGGGUAUGUCGUCUUCACUAUCUCCUCCCUGUCCCAGUUUGAAGAUGCCUCUUCUGAAGUACACUGCUACAGCUGUGGGAACCAAAGCUUGAAUUUGUGCCUUCUUCUACGAAACUCUAACAUGUCUGCCAUUUGUACAGACUUUGCCUGACUUGCCUUACUCCAUUAAUGCCUUCUAACUAGUUGUGAAGAGCCAGCCAGCCUUGCAAACACUACAUGUUGUUCACUGUUUUAUGCAGUAAAAUUCUAAUAUUGAAGUUCUAAAGAUUGAGCACUGAAUGUUUAGUACUGCAUUUAUGGCAUUUGUGAUUAAACCUAUCUUAACCAUAAAAUGUUUACAUUCU